AUGGCCGAUGCGCGUAUCAGGUCAAAGAACACUCUCGCAAAGAAAUUUUCAGACGCCUCUAAACCAGCUCAAUCUUAUAAUUCUUAUCGUUUGCCUGGCAAUUCUGGUAUCAGAUACUCUGAUAAAAGUAAUUUCACUUCAAACAAUUUUACUCCUAAUUUUAAAAAUCCUGACAUGGCAAAAAUAACUAAUAAUCAAAAUUAUGGUCAGCCUCGACCAGCAUAUAAUUCGAAUUUCCGUCCACAAUUUCGUCCACAAUUUCGUCCACAAACCAACGUCCAACAACCAAACGUUCAACAACCAAUUAUUCAGCAACCUAUUCCUAUGGAUGUGGACGCUUCUAUGCGUUCACGUCGUUCAUUCCAACAAGCAAACGAAUCGAUUCGUAUGCGAAAUGAUCAACUUACAAAUAUCGAGAGUUACGAAGAAAAUUUUAACAAUUACGAAAAUAAUGAGACUCCGUGUGUGCCCUUGCGGGCUUAUACCAUGCCUCAGAGGGGGAAGCCCCAAUAA